GGACGCAUUACGGUCGUCGACAUUAAUGCCAGACAUUAAUUUGUUUUAGCAAUUCUGAUCGUCAGCAAUGAAGCCAGCAACGCUCCGGCCAUGGCUUCCCAAUGCGGCGCUGCGGCGGCGGUCUGGUCCUCGUCGACGUUAUGCAGUUCAAGCACCUGGUGCCCCAACCCUCCAAAUCUUCAAUGAGCACACAAAGUAUAUGCAAAAGGAGAGAGCUGCAGCCAACGCACAACAGAGCCGGCAGGUUGACUACCUCAAGAACGAAGUUUCUCGACGACUCGCUGAUCGCCUACUCGACAUCAACCGGCAAUUUACAAAGGUGCUCGAUCUGGGCGCUAAUAGCUGCAACCUCGCCCGUGCCCUCUCCAUGCCACCAUUGAUUGCGCCUGAAGUGCCAGAUGGUCCGUUGAGCAACAAGGUGCCCCUCUCAGAGCGAAUCCAGGAGCUUGUUUGUGCCGAUACCUCCCCGACAGCGCUCCAUCGUGAUGACACACUGCCUGCUCCCGAAGUCUCCAUCACCCAGACCGUUCUUCCGUCCCUUGAAGCAUUGCCCUACGAAGCGAACAGUUUCGAUGCUGUCAUGUCGUCUCUUUCCCUGCAUUGGAUCAACGAUUUGCCCUCCAUCCUCUCCAGCAUCAACAAUAUCCUCAAACCCGACGCACCGUUCCUCGCAGCUAUGUUUGGUGGAGACACCCUGUUCGAGCUGCGCUCUUCCCUUCAACUGGCCGACCUAGAACGACGAGGCGGGGUGUCCCCCCACAUCUCUCCUCUGGCAGACGUUCGAGAUAUCGGUGGUCUACUAGGAAAAGCUGGGUUCAAGUUAUUGACUGUGGAUGUCGAUGACAUUGUUGUCGAGUAUCCUGAUACAUUUGCCCUCAUGACCGACAUCCAAGCCAUGGGCGAGGGAAACGCGAUAUUAAAGGCUGAAGGCGGGCCCAUCAGUCGUGACGUUUUACUGGCGAAUGAAGCUAUCUAUCGAGAGUUACACUGCAACGAGGGAGAGAAAGAUCGAAUCCCGGCUACCUUCCGGGUGAUAUACAUGAUUGGUUGGAAAGAGGGCCAAAAUCAACAGCAGCCUUUGGAAAGAGGCAGCGGCAGCGUCAACAUCAAGGACAUUCUUGGUGGAGGAGAGUUCCACUAAUGUAAUAACCUGCAUUGAGCCGUGUAAAGUAUCAAAGUAACGAGCACUGAUUUUUCGUCUGCCUCCGCCGUCAUACACUGAGGUGGACCACUGUCG